AUGAUGUAUGGUUUCAUCAACACCUGUCUCAAAUCCCUAGUAACAGAAAAAUUUGGAGAACAUAUAUGGGAAAAACUGAGAGAACGGGCUCAGGUCCAGGAUACGUUCAUGACUUACGAGGUUUAUGAUGACAUCAUCACAAUGAGACUGAUAAAGGAGGCAUGUCAUAUGCUAAAUGUAUCUGAGGAAGAGAUACUUAAAUUAUUUGGAACGUAUUUCUUCUCCUUCUGUAAGCAGUCUGGAUAUGAUCGCAUGUUGCGCACAUUAGGGGGGAAUCUGAUGGAAUUUAUAGGAAAUCUAGAUGCUCUUCAUAGCUACUUGGCUCACUCUUAUGAGGCAAUGAAUGCUCCAUCGUUUCGAGCAGAAAAAACAGAUGAUGGCACUAUGCUCCUACACUACUACUCUGACCGACAUGGAUUAUGUCACAUUGUCCCAGGGAUUAUAGAAUCAGCAGCAAAAGACUUCUUCAACAUCGAUGUCACCAUGAAGAUUAUUUAUCAAAAUGAAGAAGUGGAGCGUACAGGAAAGAAAGAACACGUUAUAUUUGAAAUUCUUCAGAGGAUGGAAUGUCAUAAAAUUUGCUCAAAUCAAGGGCUUGUUGUGCGAAAUAGAGACCCUCUCAACAAGAUUACAGAGGUACUAACAGUAACUGUGUUCUGUAAUAAGAAAUCCUAUUGGGAUAUCAUAAGAAAUGUGGUGAUAUUUGCAAAAGGAAGUCUGUUGAAUACGUUCCAGCCGGUAUAUCCUGAGACUUUAUGGAUGGAUGUAAAAGCAUUUUGCAAUGAAUUUCCCUUUCACAUCGUGUUUGAUAAACAACUCAAAGUAAAACAGGCCGGGGUAAACAUACAAAAAAUUGUUCCUGGCAUACAGAUUAUGGAUAUCAAGUUGGAUGAAUAUUUCACAAUUGUCCAUCCACAAGUCACUUUCACCAUUACCAACAUCCAAAUGUUUCUCAAUAGUCAGUUUGUGCUGAAAACAAGGAGGGAAAUGAUGCCUGAGUCCUGGAAAUAUCAUCCAAUGCUAGAACUAAGAGGGUAUAUGAUAUGGAUGGAGUCGAUACAAUGCAUGCUAUACAUGUGUUCCCCAAAACUGCGCAGCCUGCAGGAGCUAGAGGAUCGAAAUAUGCAUAUUUCCGACAUAGCAAAGCAUGAUGUAACGAGGGAUCUGAUCCUCCUAAACCAGCAACGACUUGCUGAGAUAGAGCUGGCCAAUCAGCUGGAGAGAAAGAAAGAAGAGCUGAGAAUACUUUCAAAAAACUUGGAAAUUGAAAAGAAGAAAACAGAAACUUUGCUGUAUGCCAUGCUGCCCAAACACGUGGCAAAUCAGCUCAAAGAUGGCAAGAAAGUCCAAGCCGGGGAGUUUGAAACCUGUACGAUAUUGUUCAGUGAUAUAGUGACAUUUACGAACAUAUGCUCUGCUUGUGAACCUAUUUAUAUAGUAGACAUGCUCAAUGCAAUGUAUUCAAGGUUUGAUCGCCUUACAAGUAUUCAUGAUGUGUAUAAGGUGGAAACUAUAGGAGAUGCAUACAUGGUUGUCGGAGGUGUCCCAGUUGCUGUUGAAAGCCAUGCAGAGAGAGUUGCCAACUUUGCUCUUGGUAUGAGAAUAGCAGCGAGGGAGGUUAUGAACCCUGUAUCCGGAGAACCCAUGCAGAUUAGAGUGGGAAUUCACACAGGACCUGUAUUAGCUGGAGUGGUUGGAGACAAAAUGCCCAGAUAUUGCUUGUUUGGUGACACCGUAAAUACAGCCUCCAGGAUGGAAAGCCAUGGGGUACCAGAUAAAAUCCACCUGAGCCCCACAACUUUCAGUUGCUUAAAACAUCUAGAUUUUGAAAUAGCAGAAAGAGGAGUAAUUGACAUUAAAGGAAAAGGGAAGAUGAACACAUACUUCUUGCUAAGGAAUACCUGUGUAUCAGAAGACGACAUAAUGGGCAGGAAUGGACAUUGCGUUUCGGAACCGAGCCAAAACGGGCAUACAGAUUCCAAAAACAAUAAUCCUUUUGCCUUGUUAUGCAUCUGGAAAUCUGAAAGCGCAAUUAAAUGUCUGGAUAAUCUUCAUUUCAUACAGCAAAUGACUCUUCGGACAAUUCGAAUAAUGGAAUAG